GGUGAGUGUAUGUACCUAUACUGCGACUAGAUCUGUACUUUACCAACAAUAUCUGUACUUUUACACAAAGUUUGCUGUACCAAUGAACCGUAACCCCAGUAACGUUACUUGUAAAGUUCUAAUCAAAUUAAUGAUGUGAAUUAGAAUGUGAUACAAGACAAAGAAAACUGUGUUGAGCACCCUCUUGAAUUGCCCCUGUUUUUUCACUACAUUCUAGAAGAGUGGAUGAAUGCCCUUUAUGAUACAGAAAUACCUCACCUUCAAGCAUUUCUCAGUAAUCUUAAUAAUCAUCGCACAAGGACAUCAGAUUAUAUUUCUGGAGCGGAUGGGAUCCUCUCUCUGAUACAAGCAAACAGAAACAGCGACAUGAAAUGCAGUAAAAAAGAGAUGCGCCAGGAUUUGGAACAGAGGCUAAAUGUGAAGCUUACAUCCAUGGGUCAAUACAUGGAAAAGCCUCAUAAGGAUUUUGACCAGUGCCUCUCCAAAGGAGUUAAAGAGUCAGAAGAUUCAUGCGAGAAAUUAAUGAAUGAAGUCCUAGAACCAGAAGGGAUAUCAGGCAGUGGAUAUCAUAAAGUAGUGAAGUGUUUAUGCCAGAAUUAUGGCAUUUACAAACCAACAAGGAACAGUUGCACAGAAAAUAAGAACCUUAAUGAGCAUUUAGCAUCAUACAUGAGAAAUUGUAUUGCUGACAAAUUUACAUAUUAUUUCCCAAAUGACAAAUGUGGUCCAAUCAAAGAGAGGAUUGAGAACUUCACCCUUGACACAAACAGCUUGUAUGAAAAGCACAAGAGUUUGUCACUGAAGCUGACAUUCCUUGAGACAGAAAAAGAGUUGAAGACACAACUAAUCCGUGACCUCCUUGAGAAAAAGAAACAGAUCUACUUCACUCUAUCUGAGUCAAUCAAGGACUCCAUGCGUGUGUCCUAUAGAAAAGCAUCAAUGCAUACAGGAAACGGUUAUCUGGAAAAGAUGAAAGAUGAGCUACAUCAGCACAUGAAAAAAGCAAAUAUUUUCCAGAAGGCCAAAAAAGAUAUGCUGGAUGGUUUAACCGAACUGAAGGAUCACAUUGUAAAUCAGAUGAAGUGUAAGCUACAAGAAUCAAUCGAGAUCUCACUCCAGACUCCCAACAGCUCGUUCCUCCCAGAUGUCACUGAGGAUUAUAACAAGAUUAAGGACCUGAUGGCUCGCUCUUGCGUAAUACCAGUCACUACAAUAUUGGAUCCACACGCAAAAAGAGUUUAGUGGGACAGAAGGAUGUGGAGAUCUGGUUACCAGUCUACUAGCUGCCACCACCCCCCUUUCCAUCAUCAACCCCAGACUGUUGUUGUCUAGUCAUCACACACAUCUGUUCCCCAUUCCAUCAUCAUCUUGUGUAUAUCUGUUCCCCAUUCCAUCAUCAUCUUGUGUAUAUCUGUUCCCACUGAUCCAUUUGUUUUUGUGCUCUAUUGUCUCAUAUCGUGAGCUAAGUGUUGGACUUCUGAACAGCUAACUACUGUUCAGAUGUCUGAUUUAGUUACAUAUGUUUUAAGCAUGGUUGGAAAGCACCAUGUCUUUAAAACCCCUAUCAGAAGGUUGCGUGACGUUCCGAAGCUUCAAACCUCAUCAAUCAUGUGGUAUUGUUGCUCAGAUGCAAGCCUCGGCCAGUGUGGGUUGAAAUUUCAAAGCAGGAUUUUCUGACCAGGAGCACCCCACAAGCUUUGUCGUUUCAGAGAUGCGCUGACCCACUCGUCUUGCUAUAACAAUAUGGCCCUUGUCAAAUUUGAUCAGGUCUUUACUCCUGCAUCCAACACAUUGACUAUGAAAAGUGUUUGUUCGCUUAUCAUCUAAUCUACCCAGACCUUAACGUGCCUUUCUUAGGAGAUGAUCAGCGUUGUUUGUUUCACUUGUGAGUGGUCAAUGUUUUGGCUCAUCAUUGUACAAC